AUGAAGAUUGGUGGAAGAAGAGCUUUUGUGGUGAUCGACGAAAGUAUGUUCCGCCAUAAAAGAAAGUAUAACAGAGGAAGAAUUGGCAGGACCUGGAGGAGACGAAAUGCCUGGGUGUUUGGGAUGUUAGAGGUGGACCGACACCGGCGCCGGCCUGUACUAAAGCUUGUCCUUAUGGUGUCCAAGGAAAUGGGGAUGACUCCCCCAGAAUUUCAGGCUGGCAUGACCCUGCAAAGGUUCUCCUGGGUCCUGAAGAAAUUUCUAGAUGACAAUGCACUGGAGCCGACAUGUCAGCUGCACCCUGCCACAGCAAGUCGACAGAACAACAACAAUGAGCACAAAAAAAAAGGCAAACUUUGA